CAUUACACACAUGAUCCAGAGAUUCGCGCCCAGAAUAGGGGGCCGGUGAUGAUAGCGGUGGUUGUGGUGUUGCUAUGUCUCAGCACAACAAUGGUAGGGUUGCGGCUUUUGUGUCGCUCUCUCAUCAAGGGGUUUGGGCUUGAUGACCUCGCUGCUGUGCUCACACUGGUUGGUAUCAUUGGAUCUGGAAGUGCAAUGAUCGCAAUGACCAACUAUGGACUUGGCAGACAUGACUGGACAUUAACACCCGCGACUUUGAUCUUAUACGCAAGAUGCUUCUGGGUCUCCGUCUUGUUCUACAUGAUGGCUUUGUUCUGGGCCAAGAUGACCUUCCUGUUCCAUUACUACCGUCUCAUGUCGGUAUCUAACAUGAGAAACGUCUACCUUGGGGCCAUCAUCAUCGUCGCAUUGUGGGGCCUCUCCCAAACCAUCAUGGCCUUCACUCAAUGCAUCCCCCUCAAGGCCGUCUGGGAUCCCAGGGUAGAAGGCUGGUGCCGACCUCACCAGACUACGCUGUGGUAUAUCAACGGUGUCAUCAACAUUGUCAGCGAUUUCGCAAUCCUCAUCCUACCUCUUCCAGUCAUUUGGAAGCUUCAGCUGCCACUGUCCCAAAAGAUUAUCCUGUCGGGUAUCUUUGGACUUGGUCUUUUCACCAUUGCCGUUUCAAUCCUGAGAAUGCAGUGGCUGAAACCUUCACCUGACAUGACAUGGUGGAACGUCACGGCAGCGUCGUGGUCUCUUGCAGAGUUGACAUCUGCCAUCACCUGCGCGUGUCUCCCGACCUUCAAGCCACUGGUAGUGAGGAUCAAGCCUCUCUUCUCCACCGGAAGCAAGGGCGACAGUACAGUUCAGCUUCAAGAAAGCUUUGAAAGAGACACAGAGUCUAAUAUGACGGUGAUUGGGAGCCAAGACAGGUUUACCCAUGAUCAUAAGAAGCCGAGUAGGGUGUACAUGUAUGGGACGGAGACACGCAUUACGGCGACACAAGAUUCAAGACGGUCAAGACAGUCAUUUUAG